AUGUUGUCUACACAAGCUUUGCUCAUCCAUGGCUUCUUGGUCAUGAUUGUUUUAAUCUCUUCCAUGGGGGAUGCAAGACAAUUGAUUGAGAUUAAAGAUCAAGAUGGGACCAACUUUAAAUCUUUUAUACCUGGCCUUCCAGACAUACCUGAACUUCCACCACUAUCAAACAUUCCAGGCUUUCCAGAUUUUCCAUGCAUCCCAGGAAUACCAAGCAUCCCAGGUUUUCCAUGCAAUCCUAAUUGGCCAAGUCCACCAAGUACACCUUCUGAAUCUCCAAGCACACCUCCUAGUACACCUUCAGAAUCUCCAAGCUCACCUCCUAAUCCAUAUGACUCACCUGUUCAAUCUCCCAGUUAUCCUCCUGAAUCCUCCUAG